AUGGUACUCCUGCGUCCUACAGUCUACGACGACGCCCACCUAGGGCACGCCCGGAAUUAUGUUACUAUCGAUAUCAUACGCAGAAUAUUGCAGGACUAUUUCGGCUACAAGGUCCAUUUCGUCAUGAACAUCACAGACGUCGACGACAAGAUCAUCUUGCGAGGCCGACAGAGACAUCUGUACGACGAGUACAAGAAAGCGCAUUACUUCAUCGACGACACGGUCCGACAAGACGCGAAGGCCGCCUGGCGCUACUAUAUAGGAAAGUAUCUCCAGCGGUUUCCUACCCACCCUCCACCAGACUAUGCGAACUUUGACGCCGAGAUCGAGAAGUACUACGGCGAUGUGGUGGCGGGCGGAAGUCUGUUUCCAGGACAGAAGGUUGGUGAUACCGAGGCCAAGGUUAAGAUGCACAUCAACACAGUUCGGACAGCCGCGAAGGCAUUAUCGGAAGACCCAAAGAACCUGACACCACUCGAAUUCUACCACCGAAUGAACGAUCCAAUGUCGCUAGUAUUGGAUGAGAAGGGCAAAUCGAGUAUACGCGGCGAUGACCACGGAGUGUUCACCAAACUCACAAGAGACUACGAGACUCGCUUCUUCAAUGACAUGGACGACCUCGACGUACUGCGGCCUGAUGAGCUGGUCAGAGUAACGGAGUAUGGAGCCGAGAUCGCUACAUUCGUCAAGCAGAUCGUGGACAACAGGUUCGCAUACAAGGCUGACGAUGGGUCGGUCUAUUUCGAUAUCAAGAAUUUCAAACAAUCAGGUUACCACUACGCACGGUUAAAACCCGAGUCGGUGGGUGACAAAGAGCUUCAGGAAGACGGGGAGGGCGCCCUGUCGAAGGGUACUGCUGGCAAAAAGGCUGAUGCUGAUUUCGCCCUCUGGAAGGCCUCCAAGGCAGGCGAACCCAGCUGGGCUAGCGAAUGGGGUCCAGGAAGACCUGGAUGGCAUAUCGAAUGUUCUGCAAUGGCUGCCGCAAAGCUCGGCAAGCAGAUGGACAUACACUCGGGCGGUAUCGACCUUGCAUUCCCACACCACGACAACGAGCUAGCACAAAGCGAGGCGUACUAUAAAGCUGGGUCAGAGCAUCAAUGGGUCAACUACUUCCUUCACAUGGGCCACUUGUCAAUACAAGGCUCGAAAAUGUCGAAGUCGUUAAAGAACUUCACAACAAUCAACGAAGCACUCCGAGGCAGGAAAGAGUGGACGUCACGAAGUCUGAGAAUUGUCUUCCUGCUGGGAGAAUGGAGAAAGGGCAUUGAGAUUACAGACGACCUCGUCCUGGAAGGCCGGAGCUGGGAAGACCGUGUUGACAACUUCUUCUGGAAUGCCCUCGGCAGUAUGGAGUCCGCCCCCGAGGAUUCGACGCAACCUACAAUCAUGAAGACAGCGAUCGGAACGGCCGAGGCCACGAUCCGAAGCGCGCUGCUGCGGUCGUUUGCCACAAAAGAAGCAAUGCAUGCAUUGUCUACCCUCAUAACCACUUACAACGCCGAAGACAAGAAGGCUCUGUCAUAUGGCGACCAUUUCGCGACCGCGGCUCUGGUCACACGCAUGGUCAACAUCUUCGGGCUCAACGGCAAUACUCCUGCCACAUCCACAGAACUAGGCUGGAAAGGUCUGUCGCUGCCCGAAGAAGUCCAAAUGUUCGUCCGCCCUCUGUCCACCGCACGCGAUGCGCUCCGACAAGCCGCCAUCGCCAAAACAAUCACGCCCGAAAAGGUCAAAGAGAUCAUCUCCUCCAUCCCCAUUCCAGAAACAGCACUUAGCAACCGACCACAACGACCAUCACCAGCACGCGCACUGUCCGAUUUCCGCGGCACAGCCCUCGACCAGGCUGACAGAGCAUCAAAGGCCGCCCCAGACACAAACGGCGACAGCAACGAAGCUGCCGAUCUCAACAAAGACAUCCUCCGCCUCUGCGACCGCGUUCGCGAUGUCGACCUCUGGCAGCUCGAUGUCUACCUCGAAGACCAGGAGAACGGCACCGCCAGAGCCCGCCCUGUCACUGAGGGUCUCCGCGCCGCGAGACACGCGCAAGAAGACAAGAUUCGGCUGAAGGAGGAAGCGAAGCGGAAACGGGAACAGGAAGCACGAGACAAACUCAUGAAGGGCAAAUUAUCUCCUAAGGAGAUGUUCAGAGCCCCCAACAGCGAUGAGUUCGGCGCGUGGGAUGACCAAGGGGUGCCGACUAAGGACAAGGCGGGCGCUGAGCUGGCGCCGAGUCGCGUCAAGAAGCUGAAGAAGGAGUGGUUGAUGCAGGAGAAGCUGCACGAGAAGUUUCAGGCCGCGGUCAAGGAUGGCCAGAUUAAGCUGUAG